AUGCUAUAUGUGUCUAUUUAUAAAAAACUAACAUUAGUCAUGUGGUUGUCAAAUUUAACAAUAGAAUAUUUCUUUGAGGAAAAGGAUAAAAUCGAAGGUAAAAGUAGAAAAACACAAGCGUUGAACCAGAAACUCUACACCUUUUCAAACAGGGUUGUCGUUCGUAUGUUUCAUGAAAUCACAUCAAUGUUUAGAUUUCAAAGUUCAAAAUGGUGA